ACCUUUACCACUGCUAGCUUUCUACAAUGACACAAACAGUCCUAGACUUCCUCCUCUCCCAGGGGGGUCACCAAAUCGAUGCCAGUCGCCUGAAUGCAGGCCAAAAUACUGAACAAGCCAACAAUCCCAUUGAAAUCGAAACGAUUGUGAGGUGGACGGAAUUUACCUACGAAAACAUGCUCAAUAUGUUCAAAGAGGAACUUGGGUCAGAAUACCGCGGUCCAGCAGUACCCGCACCCCUAGGAAAAGAUCUUAUAGUCUGGAAUGAGGAAGGCGUGCAGGACUCUCUACAGAGAACUGUGGGCAUACCUGUCAACUACGCGCUGGCUCAACUAAGCGGGGCGCCUCACUACGGCCGCGGGACCCGAUGUGGCUUGCGACAAAUGAAGGAUUGCAAGAUCCUCCUUGGUUAA